AUGUAAGACUUUUAAGCAGGCGAUGUGAUAGCUGAAGAAUAUUAAAUUGUUACCAUGUUGGCACAGGGAUCAUUUGGAAAAGUAUAUUUGGGAAAAUCUUAAACUAAAAACAUGAAUGUAGCAAUUAAAGUUGAAAAGACAGAGGUCUCGUAUUUCAAUAGUUUAAUCAGAGAAAUUGAGAUUUUGAAGUUAUUAGAAGGGGUUCCAUGCAUACCAAGGGUUAUUUGGUCAGGAUCAGAAAAAGGCAUGAGAAUCAUGAUCCAAAAUCUUUUAGGAAAGGAUUUGAUUCAUUAUUAAAAAAAAUUGAAGAAAUUUUCAUAUGAAUGUGUUUGCAACAUUGCCUAUUAGAUGAUUGGAAUUCUGGAAUAAAUUCAUAAUAAAAAUAUCAUACAUAGGGAUCUCAAACCUGAAAAUAUAGUUGGAGCAUCACAAUAAGAUAAAAUUUAUUUGAUUGAUUUCGGAAUUGCCAAGAAUCUCGAAUCCAAUAAAAAAACAAAAGAGAAUAUUUCAUUUAUUGGAACUACUAGAUAUGCAAGUUUAGCUGCACAUCUUGGAAAAGAAUAAAAUAAAAAAGAUGAUUUGGAGUCCUUAGGUUAUAUCAUAAUUUAUUUCCUAAAUGGAAGCUUACCUUGGACGAAUGUUGGUAAGGACGACAAAGAAAGAAUCGAAAAAAUAGGACUUUUGAAAAAAGACAUGUCUCCUGAAGAAUUAUGUGAAAACUUACCAAAUCCAAUCCUUAAAUAUAUGAAAUAUGUAAAAGGGCUGUCUGCUAAAACGAAACCCUAUUAUUCAUAAUUAAAAGAGUUAUUUACAGUUGCUAAAGUAGAUCCAAACAUGCCUUUUGACUGGAAUCAAAGAGCAAAAUCAAAUCAUAAGAUGAAUUCGAAUAAAACCAUUAAAACAUCCAAAUCGGCUAAGGUGUUUAGCAAAUCUAAAUCAUAAUUCCGAAAAACCUAAAAUAACAAUUCUUAGGAAUCAUCGUAAAUUCUCAUUUAACAACAUCAAACACCUCUUAAAAAGUAAUAUAAAACUUUUGUGUAACCUGAAUCUCAAGACAAAAGUUGUAAUCAUUCGAGUGAUGAUGGUCAAUAAUAAAAUAGUCUGAGUGAUGAAAAAAAGAGUAAAGAAAGUGUGAAAGUCGGAUAUUCGAUUAGUUACGAACCUUCCAAAUUUUCUAGAUAUUCCCAACACAAUAAAAGUCCAAUCCAAUAAUAAUAAAAGGAGAAAGCCAGAGUUUCCACUCUUGAUGCUAAUCUUUAAGACCUAUUCGUCAUGCCACUUCAAUCAGAAUAAUAACUACAAGAAUUUGAAAACCAAGACUUAGCAAUUAAGUAUAACUAGUUGUUCUAUAAAUCGAUCCUUUACAAUUAUAAAAACCCUAUUCAAGAUUUCAAGACAAUUGGUUAUAAUUUUCUUAAUUGA